ACAAAUAAAACAAGUCGGAAUAAGCCUCCGGCCACAUCGGCAAUGCCAAACACAGGCGCCAUGCUGGUGGGAGCCUGGGAGGGGAAAACUAACGCUUUUACUAUGGAACGCUUUUUAAAUGUAUUCAUUAAAUGCUUUUUUAUCUGUGGUGACAAAUUGUGCUUGUUAUAUACUGUAGCAUCUGGUUGUACAAUAUGGUGUCACUGUGAAGUUACAGGAAUGUAGUCUGUGUUGUGUUUUGAUGAAGUAUGAUGUGAUUCUGUUAUUUUUGGUAUUUGUUCCAGUAAAUUCUUUUCAGUGCCCUUGAUAAGAAUCCAAAUGGCUAGAAUUCAGAUCACUUUCUUCAUUAUCAUCACCAGCUCUGUGUUACUACACACUCGUUCAGCUGAUGUGUAUUCAGCUUUACUUCCAAACACAGUAACAGCUCUCACAGGAUCUUGUGUACAGAUACCCUGCACAUUUGAUGUCCCUGAUUUUGAUGAGAAACUGCAGAACACAAAACAGAUUUAUGGAAUUUGGAUGAUGAACUCUCCACACUUUAAUAAAGAAAAUAGUUUGCUAGUGUUUAACAGCAGUGAAAACAUCACCCAAGGAUUCAGUCACAUAGAGAUGAUUGGAAACCUGCAAAAGAGAAACUGCACCACUGUCUUCUAUAACAUCAUGAUGAAUCAUUCAGACACUUAUUACUUCAGACUGCAAAUGGAGCCAGAUGUGUUCAGAGCAACAUUUAACACCAAUCCAGAUGAUUCAAGUGAUUCACGCAAGACUGUGAAGAUCAAUGUUAUGGAUUCACCACAUCCUCCUGAACUCAGUAUCACUCCACAUGUGUCCAAACAUGUGGAGGGCACUUCAGUCAGUCUGAGGUGUUCUGCUGAAGCUCCCUGCCCCAAAAAACCUCCCACAUUAUCCUGGUCUUACAUCCCCUCAUCUGCCAACAUCACAACACAGAUACAAGAGAAACCUGAUAAAACUCAAUCUGUGAUUUCCACAAUAACCUUCAAUGCUUCAUACACGGAUCACAAGAAGAACAUCUCCUGCACUGUAACAUAUCCAACACACAUCUCUAAAGACACAACUGUGGAAAACACCAUAACGCUACAAGUUCUGUUUCCUCCAAAAAAGACAUCUGUCAGUGUUGAACCAUCUGCUUCAGUCUCUGUGGGCACUAAUGUGACUUUGACCUGCAACACCAAAGGCAGUCAUUCAAAAAACAUUAGCUACACCUGGUACAGACGUGGACAGGAGACACCUCUAGCCUGGAAUAAAAAUAUUACCCUCAUUGUUACUCAUAAUAAUACAGGAUGGUAUUUCUGCACAGCACAGAAUAAAUUUGGCAACCAGAUGUCAGAAGAGAUCCAGCUCAUGAUAAAAGAGCACAAUGGAUCCUCUAAAUCUGUGAUUUAUGGCUGUACAGGAGGACUUCUGACUUUACUUGUGCUUUCUGCAGUAUUUGUUUAUUGCGUGAGGACAAGGGCAUCCAGUCAGACCAACAUCAGAGGAAGAGAUGAGGUGAGUGUUCAGACUGAAGAUAAAAAUAAAGACAUGGAGAUCUAUUCUAACAAUGCUGUCGAGAUGACCAUAAAAACUGAGGUGACCGAGGACGAAACGGAUGAGAUCCAUUAUGGAGAGAUUGACUUCUCCGAACUCCACACAGACAACGUGACCAGAAAAGACCCGGAGACAGAGUAUGCUGAGAUUCAAAGAUCAAAGAGAAAGAGACAAUUGAACAGUGACCAGAAACAGGAGGACCUCUACGCUCAGGUCAAGACAAAGUGAUGUUUAUGUCAUUGAAUGAACUCUUUAUGACAUUGUACAAAUUCCAGAAUGGAUAAGAACUUUCACAAACAUUUUGACGUAUUAACAAAGUUAGCAUAAUUUUAAUAACACAACAAUUUUUUUUUAGCCGACCUUUUAUAGUUCUUGUAAAAUUCUGUGGUGCUAAUUAUUGUGGUAAUAUUUAUUUUCAUGUAGCAUCAAUGUUUUAGUGUAUUUAGCUCAAGUACUUUUUGAGCUUAUGUCAUUAAUUACGAAAUAUCAAAAACUGUAAAACUAAACAAAAUCUGUAAAAAUGUUCACAUAUUUUACAAAUUAUUCUUUUAAAAAUUCUAGAAAUUUCUGUAGCAGGGAAGGUGGGAUGAAGCGAUUGGGUGACUACGUCUUGGUUUGUGAGGACAAUAUUAGUCACAUAAGCCAAAAAUUUUCGGUAACACUUUAUAAUACUGUUUCAUACUUAAUAGGUAGUUAUGCAGGAACUAAUGCAGAACAAAUGGUUAGUGCUGCAUUAACACUGUAGUCAUUACAGAUCACUAAUAAGGAAGAAAGAUUAACUAACCAGUAGGUAACAGCAUACUGAUGUUUAUGGCAAGUAACAGUUAGUUACUUAUUACUUAUUUAAUAGUCAUUAAUGACAACUAAAUGCUGUAUGUCUCCCGCAGAACUAUACAAUAACUAAGACUCAUUUAAAAUAACUAUCUACUAACUACUUAUUAACAGCUGCUAAAAAUUAUGUCAAUUAAACUAGUUAUAUAUAAUCUUGAUUACUAUUAAAAAUACAGUUUUAACCUAUUUUGUUUACUUUCAGUUAACUUCAUUAUUUUAUAUCUCUAUCAAAUAUUGUCCUCAUCAA